GUCGGAUAGCCUGUGGCAUUCCUCCGCGAAGCAAAGCGCUUGCGUUGGCUGGCGUGUCCGCGCGCGCCCCCCCGUCCGCCGGGUGGCGCGGCGCUGGCGGUGAGCGUCCAGGCGUCAGCAAAUCGGCCCAGUUCGCUAUGGUAGCCGGUCCGGGGAUCGCAGACUGUGCGGAAAUCCGACGAGUUGGCCGCGUUCUUCCGCGGUGGGCCCGAAGCAAAAGAGCCGUCGCGCCACGGUCGCUGGCUUCCACCCUAAGAUCAACAUCGGCAGGGCAGGACGCAGCCGCCGCGCCUGUGGGUUUGCCUGUUUCUUUCUUUGCCCCGGCGGGGUUUCAGACUUCGGGCGCGCAGAAUGCGCGCGGCGCCACGCUUGGCCGCGCCGCUUCGCGCGGUGGGCCUUGCCGGCAUGCCCUACCCCGUCCAGGGGUGGCGGGCGCCGGCGCCUCCUCUCGGUUCAUUGUUGUUGUGUGGUCCGCAUUGUUGCCGCAAGCCCCGGACGGCGGGCCGGUGGGCUGGCUGUGUUGGCGGGCCCCCAAGAUUGCGAUAGCGGCUACAGGGCGGUCGCAGUGGGCCGCGCGCUUUGCCUGUGUGUCCGUCGCGCAGCCCGUUCGCGUUAUUCGUCGGGGGCGAGCAUGCCGCGCUCCGCGUUAGUUUGUACUUGUGUGUAUGAAGAAGAACACGAU